CUUUAAAGUUUUCAAAAUCGACCGAGUAUAAUGUAUUGUGCUUUCGCUUUCGUGUUCUAAUUUUUAAUGUGUUUUUCAUUCAUGUAGAAACAAUACUUUACUGUACUACAAUAUAAAAAAAUAAUGAUAGCUUUCUAUAUAAAUAAGUUAAAUUUUCAUUACGUAUCUGUCGUAUCUUAAUCGUAAUUCCUUUUGUUUACUAGCACGCAUCUCCUCUAAAAGAUGGAUGAAACUGUGGUUCUGAUUUUGUUAGCUUUAGUCAUGUUAAUUGGCUCCUACGUGUCUGGAAGCAUCCCUCUUAAUGUGUCUAUGUCUGAGGAAAAACUUCUUAAAGUGACAGUAUUUGGUGCUGGUCUCUUAGUUGGUACAGCGCUAGCGGUCAUCAUUCCGGAGGGCGUUCGAUCGUUAUUUGCUGAACGUGCAAUCACAGUUGUAACUAAGGAUUAUACCCCGGAACCAGUUGAAAAGCCAGAUUUGCAUUCGGUUAUUGGGAUAUCACUUGUGUUGGGUUUCAUAUUCAUGCUGUUAGUGGAUCAGAUAUCUACUCGGUAUAAUGGAUCCACAAAUCCUUUAGAGCGCAAUGUCACUGCCACGGUGGGACUCGUGGUACACGCAGCCGCGGAUGGCAUAGCUCUUGGCGCGGCAGCUACGACGUCGCACGCUGAUGUUGAACUCAUAGUAUUUCUUGCUAUCAUGCUUCACAAAGCACCGGCUGCUUUUGGUCUAGUCACCUUCUUAUUACACGCUGGAUUAGAAAGGAACCGUAUCCGCAAACAUUUGCUGAUAUUCUCGUGUUCCGCGCCCCUUUUUGCUGUUAUUACCUACUUCGGUAUCGGCAAUGACAGCAAACAGACUUUAUCCGACUUCAAUGCUACAGCUAUCGCCAUGUUAUUCUCCGCUGGCACAUUUUUAUAUGUGGCAACUGUCCACGUUCUACCAGAGAUAACAAAUCCUCACCCAACACACACAUUAUUACCCAUACAGGAUGGCAUUCCCCCUAAACGCGGGUUCGCAGGGUUGCAAGUUAUUGACACGCUGAUUUUGGCUUUUGGCGCCAUGUUGCCAGUUCUAUUAACUAUGGGCCACGAACAUUGAUAUUUGCCUUUCGUGUACAAUGUCUCUAAGAUGCUGUACCGAGCUGUCUUGAUAAUGAUGUGUUUUAAUCUGUAUUUGCGUUUUUGUAUAUAUUUGCUCCAACGUGACCGUGUGAGGAAGAGGAAUUAAAUUGUUUACAGAAACAUUAA